AAUUACGUGUCCUCACUGCAAAUUUGGUUUGUACAAAAAAAACAAAACACACUGCAGGAGGAAGCACACACAGCAUUUUGAGACAGUUUCCCAAGACAGAUUUUUAUCCAGUCAGCGUGUGGAUGUAAAAAAUGGUGUGUUUGCAGUUGAUAAAUCGUUCAGUGGUCCAGCAGAGCCUGUACACAUGGUAAAGAAAACCUGGGGGUUGAGUCACAAAAUUGUGUGUGAGGUUGACCAGUGCCGGCUCAAUAAGGACUUUGCCCACAGAAGCGGUAUGUUACCCUAUGAGUGCCACCAUAUAAAAUCUUUAGAGUACUGCCCACAAGCUGACAACCAAUAUGUCAAUCUAUCUGAGGAGACAUGGGAAAUAAUGGUAGACCAGAAAUGGUUUGGAGAAGAACGGAAGGCCAGUCUUUUGCACUGUAAAAAAAAGGCAGAUGCAGAGGGUAUCCCCCUUUCGGUGCAACUGACUAUGGGUGGUCCACCAUCAAAAAUUCACAUCUCUGUCUUUGAACCAAAAAUCACCUACUAUAGCAGAUUGGGCCGGUUGAUUGUUGCAUAUGACAGAAAGCAUAACACCUGGCAUUGUUCAUGCUCAAAAGCAAGACAGUCCUGCAACCAUAAAGCCAUUGCAAAAUGGCACCUCUUUGGCACAAAUGGGGAGUUGUUUCGGAAGGUGAAGAGUACUGAGGCAAAGUCACCUGACCCGUUCCAGGAUUCAAGAGAAUAUUCAAGCAGCUGCUAUCCGCCAAAUGACAAUACCAUUUCAAAAAUGCUGAACUACCUUUUGAGCUACAAAAUGCUUCCAUCAGAACUACCCAGUCCACUCAUUGAACAGUCUAGAGAUUGGAGAGCACAGGACAGCUUUCCAAAAUACCUAAUCCCAGCAGAAACAAAAUGUGCGGAGUGUGAAUACCCACUUGGUGAGCAACAACUAAUAACUUCAAAAGCCAGGAUCUUAACCAGCACAGGUGUAGUUGAAGGUAUAUCAACAUAUAAAAAGUCAUGCCUUAAGUGUGGCAUGAUAUAUCGAUACCAGGAGUGGCAGGAUGGCAUCCACAACUUUGAUGACCAUAUGAUCUUGUCUCUGCACUUGUGCCUUAUGAUAAGAAAUGCUUUACAGACACACACAGCCGUCAGUAAAGUGAUAGAAAUCAUUGAGAACACAGAGAGGGUGUCCUUUCCCAACAAGGAGAAGAUACUUCAUGGAUAUCUUCACUUCGAGGCCCUCACAAAACACGACUAUUCAUUCACUUGUGUGUCAUGUGGAUACAGUCCGGCAGUUGUUGUAAUGGAUCUUCACAAAAAAGGUGUCUUCGGUAUGCCAGGUGAGUUAUUUUCUAUUUUCCAUAUCAUCAUUAUCUAAUAUCUAGAACAUUCA